AUGGGUCUUCUUUCCAUAGGCCGUUUUCCAGCGAACACAGAACAAGUUCGUGAAGAAGUUAUAAAAGUAUUUCACAGCGUGGUCGAGAGUUCAUUACCUUUGGAUUCGCUUCCAAGCAAAUACUUCUUCUGCGUCCGUCGCGACGCCAUUGACGAUUAUUCCACUUACUUAAUUGAAGAGUACGUCAACAAGCUGCCACAUACACAUUACGCUAAUGUUACGUACAACGCCAGAUAUGAUGGAAUCACAUCACCUUCAUACCAGCCAAUCAAUAAAAUUAGUCAAAGGAUGUUACAACAGCUCCGAGAUUCUGGAUCCGUUGUAAACACAUUCGAACACCUUGUUCUUGGCAUUUCUAAAGGUUUCCUUCGCAAAGACAUGAAGAACUAUACGGAUCCUUAUAUCGUUUUUGCAAGCUUGGAGUAUGAUACGACAGCCUCGGCUGAACAAGCUUUACAUGGCUUUCAUAGUGUGUCCGCAUUCUCCGAGGGUGAAGAGCCUGGGACAAUCAGCUACAAUGUAGUGCAAGAUCUUCAAGAUCCCCACGUAAUCCGCACGCUGGAGUUCUAUACCGAUGAGGAUUAUCUUUGGAAUGUUCACGCUAUCAGUAAUGCUGUACAAGAAAAUAAGAAAAGACAGGGAAAUUCACGUCUCAGGACUGAUUUUGUAUUCUUUCGGCUAAUAGGGCGGUAUGUAUGGUCAAACCCUAGCUAA